CCAUACUGCAGAGGGCUGCUGGUUCCCAGAGACCCUCAGAGCUCCAGGACGCCCAGUCUCUCUGCUGCCUGCAGCCCAGACACAGCAGCCCCGACACGGACACGGACCCUCACCCUGCUCCCCCCCUCCACCUCCUCCUGGAGCUCCAGCGCCUGUUUGGAUUACUAAUGGAUGGAGUCGAGUUUUAAAGUGGGAAACUUUAAAAGGAGUAUCGGGAGUUUAAUGAGAAGAGAAGAGAAGGUGAAAGCAGAGGACGCCUUCAUCUCGUCUGGACUACAAACUUAUUAAAAAAUCUGGUGGACGUCUUAACAAACAUCAGCGUGUCUUCGUCAUUUAGAAACUUUGGAAGAAGUCUAAUAAACAGCUGCCGACUUUGGCGUAAUUCAACCAACAUUGUUCCUGGAAAUUUCGACUUUGUCAUCAUUUUCCAGGAACUCUGAACUAGUCCUGCAGCUUACUGAGAGGUUUCGGAGACUUUGCCAACAUCAGGUUGAUCAUUUUGUUCCUGAAUAUCGGGACUUUUUGGAACCAUUUUUUGGAAUUUUACUGAAGCUCUGCACUAUUAUUCGUCGUCACGUCCUUUAAAGCACAAAAAAAAACAGUUCUGGUUUGAAUCUACCGAAUUCAAGCCAAUCUUUUGCAUUGAAAAUGUGCAUCAUGGCCCCGUCUGUCGGUCUGUGGCUGUGUCUGUACCUGCCACUGCUGUUUACGGACGCAAAGAGUGUCGGGCAACACGACAGUCAGAGCGACGGCGUCGUCAAACUGGAACCCCUUUGGGUGACCAAGCAGCUCAGGACCGGGGACGACACCAACGCCCCCAACCAGAGCCUACCCCUCCCUGAGAUGUUGGAUUUAGACGCGGACCGGAACCGCCGCCUGGCCCGUGGCACUGACGAGGAGGAGCAACAGUCCACCUUCAGCCAGUCCUUUGAGAACGACUCGGUGACGCCGCCGCAGGCCACCGAGUUCGCCAACGGGACAAAAGUAGGAGCAGGGGACAACGGCGAUCAUGAUCACCAUGGAAAUGCCACCAGCUCCGACCAUGACCCUCCAGGACUCUACAACCCCUUCUACCCGCUGGCGGACAGCUCGUAUGCAGCCUACGCAGUGCUCUUCCUGGCCGGCCUGGUGCUGGCGGUGGGCGUGGUAGGAAACAUGGCGGUCAUAUGUAUCGUCUGGAACAACUACUACAUGAGGUCCGCCUGGAACUACCUGCUGGCCACUAUGGCGUUCUGGGACUUCCUGGUCCUGGUGCUCUGCCUUCCUGUGGUGGUCCUCAACCAGCUCUCCCAUAGGAGGAUCCUGGGUGACAUCACCUGCCGCAUGGUGCCUUAUAUGGAGGCCGUGUCUCUGGGCAUCACCUCCUUCACUUUGUGCGCUCUGGGCAUCGAUCGUUUCCUAGCCGCCACCUCCUCGUCCCAGCCAAAUACUCGGCGGGUGGAACGCUGCCGCACGGUGCUGCUGAAGCUGAUACUGGUGUGGCUCGCCGCUCUGAUGCUGUCCAGCCCCGAAAUCUUCCUGUGGCAGCUGAGCCAGGCCGUGUCCCCGUCCACCGGCCGGCUGGUCGACUCCUGCACCAUCACCCCCGCCUCCCCUCUGUCCCUCUACCUGCCCGACUCCCUCCACUCUCUGUUGCUCAGGUAUCACCAGGGACGUAUGUGGUGGUGUUUUGGCUGCUACUUCUGCCUCCCCAUCCUCUUCACCAUCCUCUGCCAAAUGGCCACCCGCAACGUCAACAGUGACUCCAGCUCCGCCCAAAAGCAGCGUAACCAAGACGACCGCUCCUCCAAUCAGAAGCGUCAUCAGCACCAGGCGGUGGAGCGGCAGCUGAACUGCACACUUUUGGCGUUAGCGGUGGUUUACGGCGUCUGCGCUCUGCCCGAACAUGUCUGCAACAUCACGCUGGCCUACACGCACAUCACCGUCUCUGAGGACACGGCCGCCAUGCUGGCACUAUUGCAUCACUUCCUGCUGUUCUUCAAGUCAUCGGUGACGCCGGUGUUGCUGCUGUGUCUGUGUAAGGCUCUCGGCCAGGCCUUCAUGGACUGCUGCUGCUGCUGCUGUCAGGAGUGUCAGCCAACCACGGCUCAAGGCUCGCCGAGCUCCGCCCAGGUCAAACUGAAGGCAGCCAAUGAGACGUCCAUCUUCUUUGACAAGGCUAAAGACACGUCGGCCAUCUUGUCCAUCUCAAGCUAGAGCCACUGGUCCCUUUUUAACCAUCAAUCCAUCAUCUCCUCUUCCAUGAAUCAACCUGUCCAUGCAUUUCUUCUUUUUACUCUUCAACACGGUUUCUCUUCCAUCCUUAGUUUUCGUUAACCCAUCAGUUUCCUUUUCAGGAAAACUUGUGGAUCAUCUUUUCUUUUUCUUUCUGUACUCUCCUCCUCUUCCAGAGUUUCCAUUUGUAUGAUAUUCCUCUAUGGACACAGAGUUACCCCGUCCAGCUUCCUGCAGGAAGUGAAGUUUAAUCUGUAGUGAGAUUAGAAAAGUUGCUGUACUUGCACAACCAGCUGUUGUAAAAGCAGGAGCCUGUUUCAGGACUCUCCAAACGGACUCUUCCCUCCAACUUCCUGCUGUGAUAAUGUAUGAUAUGAAAAUCCUGGAUGUCUUCUUUGGUUGGUCUGAAGCUGAAGAUUUCAUGUGUUUUAUGGGAAAGUAGCAGAUACAUAAAGGCUUAGCAGCAGGUUAAACCCCUCAAGGCAGCUUGGUGGAGAACAUGAUGAAGCUGCUUUAAAGCUCUAAAGAUCAUUUAGAGUGGUCGCAAACUGCGCCUGUGGUCAAAAUAUAAAAACAAUCAACCAAUCAGAGCUUUGUUGGUGGAGAUACGAAUGCUCUUUAUCUGCUAACUAUGGAUUAGAUUGAUGCAGGUUGUCGUAAAAGUCAUUUCUACAACUUGUGUGUUUCUGUGAAGAAUGUGCAGCUUCAUGAAUGUUUCUAAAAGGGAAGGAAGUGGGGGAGUGGGGGAAGAGAGGAGAUCUGAAGAGUAUUCGAACAGGACUCGGACCCCGUUCAGACCUGGCACUAACAUGCCUCCUGAGUGACCCAAACGUGGACAGCUUUAAGUACGUCUGUUCACACCUGUGAUUCGAUCUCACUUCCCCGCUAUAUAUGCAAAUAAACACGUAGUAAACACAUGGCUAAAACAGCAGGCGUGUGAUGUAAUAUUGCAUAAAUGUCAGUAGUAAUAUCCUACAUAUUCGGAAAUUUGGGUAUAUUUUAUUAACAUCAAAAUAAAUGGUUAUUGUACCGGUGGUCCCCGUGGACCUCCGUGCUGCCAGCACCGCCGCCUUUGCCAGACAACAACGGGUACAGAUCUCCAACAGUAUGAUAAUAAUGCCCUUUGCAUGCCUAUAAAUAAGAUAUAUUUUAAUAAAACAAGUGUUCGCGUCUGUCUGUCUAUUCACAUGUGGAGCUAAGUGAGAGCCAGCGGAUCCCAGUGGAACGUUAGUUGAGUAGGCGGUCCUUCAAUGUGGUCCAUGACACAUUCACUACACACUGCUAAAAGAAUGUGGCCCAGACCACCUCCGACUGUGGUCCGAAAGAUCCGCUCUCAAUGCGUCUUGAAUGCGUUCACACCUGUACUUAGAGCUGUCCGAUCACUGAGGACGCAUGUUAAUACCAGGUCUGAACGGGCCCUUAGACCUCCUCAGUACUGAGGUGGUCUCUUUGUACAGAAAGUUAAACUGCGUAGGAAGUUUUUAAGAGUAUUAAUAUGUCUUUAGCACAGUGCUUUCAGUCAGACUAUCAAACAACUAGAACAAACGAAGAAACAGAAGAUAUGAAUAGCUUAUUUUAAUGCUAGAUGUAUAACUAAUUACAUCUUUAUAUGAAGGGAAGUGAGAUAGUUAUUUUUUAUGUCACAAGAAUGUUUAUGCCUUUGUAAUGUUCGGUGUCACAAUUCACAUAAGUAUGUGUCAGAGCCGAUUGUGCCUUAGUGUCUCCUCAGCUCGGACUGUCAGCGUCUGAAUCAACAGAUACUGAAACUAACUUUACAUUCACACUGUGAGCAGCUCGUUCAAACUGUUUCUCCAAGGGAGUCUUGAUCUGCAACUAUAAGUUUUCACCAAAAGCUAGAGGUGUUUAGCACAACGUAUCUUUAACACUGAAUCAUCACUUUUUAUUAAAAAUUCCCAACUACCGAU